ACCAUGGACUAACCAAACACGAUAUAAAAAAAUGUUUGUGUUGUUUAUGGUGAACCAUGGCGGAGCGAAUUGGUGACUGUGAUUUUUUGGAAGAAGAUAUACAAAAAUUUAACAAUGAAAGGCGGAGUAGUAAGCAGUGGGUGAAGCUUAACGUUGGCGGAACAUAUUUUCUGACAACCAAGACGACUUUAUCUAGGGACCCUAAUUCAUUUUUAUUUCGAUUAGUGCAAGAAGACAGUGAUUUGAUUUCGGACAGGGACGAAACCGGCGCUUACUUAAUAGACAGAGACCCGACGUAUUUCUCACCAGUACUCAACUACCUUCGUCAUGGUAAAUUGGUCAUCAACAAUGAUAUCGCCGAGGAAGGAGUGUUGGAAGAGGCUGAGUUUUAUAAUAUCACUGAGCUCAUAAGACUAGUUAAAGAAAGAAUAUGCCUUAGGGAGCGACGACCACUAAAGGACUCCAAGAAACAUGUUUACAGAGUUCUCCAGUUUCACGAAGAAGAGUUGACACAGAUGGUGUCGACGAUGUCAGACGGUUGGAAGUUUGAGCAGUUGAUUAACAUUGGAUCACAAUAUAACUAUGGCAAUGAUGAGCAUGCUGAAUUUCUUUGUGUAGUGAGCCGUGAGUGUGGCAGUUCUCUAAACAGUAAUGAUAUUGAGCCCACAGACCGUGCUAAGGUGCUUCAACAAAAAGGCUCACGGAUGUGAGCUUUCCUUACAUUGUGUAUUACAUAUAAUUUUUGAGACUGUUAGCUCUGUGUGUGAACUGUGUACAUAAUUUUUAGAGUGUAAACAGUCUGGCAAUCUUUUGUUUUUAUGUCAUGUAUCUAAACUUCUUUUAGAUCAGCUUAAGCAAUACUGUUUGGGAGUAGUCAUUUGAGCAGUAACAUAUGCAUUUCUUCUAUAUUGGAAAGUGUGAACAUUAGGACAAAUACUCAGUAUGAUAAUAGUUAGGGGAAAGUAAAACUUUUGUAUGAUUUUGUUAUUGUAAUUUUGAGUCUUAAGUGAAGUGUUGAAUAUAGGUGACAAUGCAGGUUACCUGAAUGAAAACAAUACAUAAGAAAGUCCAAAGGACAGUGCUAUUCUUGUGUGGUAUGGGACAUUACAAUUUAUGUCAAUGUAAAUGCUGAGCUGAUUGGGAUUUCCAGUUGUGUAUGCAAGUUUUCCACACAAUUACUUCAUAAUAUAGAGUCCUUAUAAAUGAAAUAUUUUGUAAAUAUAAAAUGUUAUAAUUCCUUGGAUCAGUAAUAAUCAAUUCCAGAUAUUAUGCUCAUUUAUGAAAUGUAAUAAUAGAAACUUAUGAUUCCAAAAA